GUUCCUUCCUAAUUCCACUUCUACUCAAGGCUAAAAUCUAGUAAAACGUGCGUUUCGAUUAUCCCUUUUUAUUUUUUUAAUUGAACCAUGAAACUAUAUCCUACGUUGAGUAAUAGCCGGCCUGAAUUCAGAACAUAUCCGGAAAAACUUAACGAGCAUUUAGAAAAUUUAGGAGCACCGCAUUUAGAUUCCUUCAAUGAAAUGCUUUCCGAUGGCUUGGCCAAUUGCACAAAGUACAUGACGCCAGUUGGCUGUAGGACACCUGCAGGAGAACAAAUUGAGCUUCGCGUCGAAAGUAUCCAAAUUGCACGACCUCAAGUUCCGAUAAUUGUAAUAGAUGUAAAGAAUCGGUUGACGUACCCUGCGGAGUCACGACAACUACACACUUCCUACAUGGGUAUGUGCACGGUGCGAGUUAACUGGACGGUUAAUGGGUUGAAGAAGGCUCCAAUUGAUGUGGAACUAGGGGAAGUGCCUAUUAUGCUAAAGUCGAGCGCAUGCAAUCUUGGUUCGCUAAAACCAGAGCAGAUGGUCAAACACGGGGAGCACGAUACUGAAUGGGGAGGAACUUUUGUUAUCAAAGGAAAUGAGAGAAUUAUACGGAUGUUACUUAUGAGCAGACGUAACUACCCGAUUGCUGUCAAACGCUCCACAUGGAAAGAUCGUGGAGCUAACUUUAGUGAAAUUGGCGUAAUGGUGCGUACAGUACGCGAAGACGAAACUUCGCAUAACAAUGUAUUACACUUCCUCAAUAACGGAACUGCGAAGUUGAUGUUCUCCCAAAUGAAAAUGAUGUCUUAUGUGCCUAUAUGUCUCGUACUACGAUGUUUGGUUGAUUAUACCGAUGAGCAAAUAUAUCGAAAUUUGGUUCGUGGAUAUGAAAAAGACCAGUAUUAUGUGUCAUGUGUACAAACGAUGUUAAGGGAUGUACAUGGUGAAGGGCUCCACACGCAUAAAGAUUGCAAAGAAUAUUUAGGCAAAAUUUUUAGAUCGAAAUUUCCCGAAAUACCCGAUUGGAAAACCGACAUGGAUGUUACUGAUUUUAUCCUUAAUGAAAGAAUACUUAUACACUUAAACACCCAUAAAGAAAAAUUUGAUAUGCUAGUGUUUAUGGCUCAAAAGUUGUUUCAGUGUGCACAAGGAAAUUAUAAAAUUGAAAAUGUAGAUUCUGUAAUGAUGCAAGAAGUUCUACUUUCAGGUCAUUUGUAUCAAAAGUUUUUAGUGGAUCGCGUAGAUUUAUGGCUGCAGUAUGCUAAGAAAUAUUUGCUCAGGCGUCUAGAAGCUCCAGAUGUCCUAAUAACCCCAACUUUACUUACGGCUUGCUUACGCAGUGCAGGUAGUGUCUCUCAUGCAAUGGAAUCCUUUCUGGCUACGGGUAACGCACCUUCUCGAUCUGGUUUGGGCCUUAUGCAAAAUACAGGUCUCGUAGUAAUGGCUGAAAAUAUUAAUCGCAUUCGAUAUAUGUCGCAUUUUCGGGCAGUACAUCGUGGUUCAUACUUUACUACCAUGCGUACGACAGAAGCACGCCAGUUGCUGCCCGAUGCUUGGGGCUACAUUUGUCCGGUCCAUACGCCCGAUGGUGCACCUUGUGGCCUCCUUAAUCACUUAACAGUGUCAUGUCGCAUAUCACGCAUUCCAGACAAAGGACUUGUUAAGAAAAUACCCGAGUAUUUGAUUGAAAUGGGAAUGAUACCAUUAGAAUCAGAGAUUCACGAUACAAAUUCAAAAUUAUUUGUGGUCUUCUUGGAGGGAAAACUAUUGGGUCACAUACGUCAAGUGGAUGCGGAAAAAAUUGUAAACAGACUACGUACUUUGAAAAUUGAUGGAUACUUGCCUGAAAUGAUGGAAAUCGCAUACAUACCUUAUAAAGCA